CCCUGAAAAAUUUACCUUAUUUUCACACAAUUCUUCGUUCACUUUUCUUUCAAUAAGCCUUUGCAGGCCUGUUUUUUUUUUUGGUAUCUUCAUAGCUCAAGAUAGCAAAGAUCUUGUACUAUUGAUUGUUCUUCAUUUUCUUCACCUACAAAUUCUAUAAAAGUAGAAAAAUGGGCGUCUGCAUGCGGGUUGUUUGAAAUAUUCACACACAUGUACCCGCGUACGCACAGGUAUUACAAAUUUUGACAAUCCGCCAACGAACUCAAUGAUUUUAUACAAUAAUGGUAAGAUGAAUAAUAAUGCAAAGAUUUUGCGUUCGAGUUUACCGUUAUAAUUAUACCAGUUUUAUAUUGCAUACCCUACGUAUUCGUCGUCACGUAGCUACACGUAGACUCAACGAGUUGUAUAUUCUGUAAUUUUUCUUUUAUUAUCGCUAGUCACGCAGGUCAAAAAUGUGCUGAGAAUCAAAUCCGAUAGGUAGGUAUGCAAUACACACACCCAUAGGUAUACUUGAUAACGUAGGACGAAAAAAAGUCGUCCACCAGAAAUCAAGAUUCUACAAAGUGUAAUAAUAUCUAACUAGUUUGUUAAAACUAAGGUGUACGGAGUUGGUGCAGCCUCAAUUAUUUUUAUUCAUUUUGAAUUUUUUGUCUCUUCGUCGGUCGGGUAUGACAACAACGAGACACGCAGCAGAAAUCGGAGACGUGAAGAGAUAACGUUGCUUUUCGAAAGAUAGAAAAAAAAAAAAAAAAAAUGAACCGAACAAAAAACGAAAUGAAAGAACAGUUUUGCUGAUGGAAUUAUAUUCGUGAAAAAAAAAUUUGCAGUUGUAAAGGAAAAAAUAAACGACAAAUAAAGAAGGAAGGAAGAAGAAGAAAAGGAGGUUGUUAAAAAGAACGCGCAAAGCUGACAACUCAACUUCGUACUUUUACAUCGGCUGCCGCUGCUCACCUGCGCAGGAAUGUGAGAAUUCUUCGCUUUCUGACGCACCACUUUCAUACUUAUUCCGAAGAUUGCCGAAGUUGUUCCGUACGAACGAACUGUGUCGAAGUUUGGCAUGUUCGGUUACCUGAUGAGGCGAAGAAGGCAGAAAUUGCCGAGGACAACAACACGCGAGUCGCGCGUCGCGCACUUUUCUAUAAUCUGCAGUGAAUAUCCUGCAUGGAAGUACCGCAGACCUAGCCGCGCGUGGUCCUCGUCUAUUUAUUUAUUUAUUUUUUUUGUUACAUUCCUUUUUAUCCCCAUUUCAAUUACGUUCGUAUUCCCAGGUGUGACAAAUCGACGUCGCGCGGUACUUGCGAUUCAACAAAAUACUCAAGAAUCAAAAAUUGUUCAAUUUAAUACCGAUGAACCGAUAAAUACGUAACUAUAAUUUCGAGUCUGUCACGUUUCUCCGAUCUAUCCCGCCUCUGAUAUGAAUAAAUUUUACAAAAAAGUGCAGUGUUGAAAAUUGAUCCGUUCUGUGUGAGAAAAUAAUAGAAAGAAAAUAAUAAUCGUGCUUUCAAAAAUCGAUUCGAAAUAUCAAAACUUAUAUUAUAACCUGUACAAACGUGCCUUUAAUUAAUUCACUGCGAUAAAAUUCCUAAUUGACUCACGUGUGCAAACAUUUUUUUUUUUUUUUUCUAUACCGUGACAAGAAAUUGUGUCAUCAUUUUGUUAUUUUUUUUCAUUAUUUUUUCCUCCGAGCUUUACUCAACGUUCCGAGAAACAUUCUCUCGCGAUCGCAGUCGCAGAAUUCCUGCCGUUGCGAUACUAUUAAAAUUAUAUUGUGUGCGAGAUGAAAUUCCGAUGUGUGUUAAUUAUUACUAUACACUUAACAGUUUAGCAAAGUAUAAUUGAAAGAAAGAUCGUUCGAGUCAACCGAUCGACUGACAGUGAAAUUCGUCAGUGCCAUUUGAGGAAAAACAAAAAUACAAGUGCCAUCAAAAGCUGGAGUACAAAAAAAAAAAAAAAAAACACACGUCGCCUAUGUCCUGUAACCAAAUAGAAGAAAUCAAAAACCGAACAAAGAUUUAUAAACAAACAACAUUUGACAUUUUAUUAAUAAUAACAAGUGUUUCAGCGCCGAGCUGCAUAGUAUUAUAUGUUGAAGUAAGUGAUGAGGUAAAUAUUAACCGCGAACGGUUUGUAACGGAUGCGACACGGUGAUAACGGUCGAAGUGAUGACGUUUCUUAUCUGACAAUAUGUAAGACACAAAAAAAAAAAAACGAAGAAGAAGAAGUCGAUGGGUUUAUCGCAUCAAUACGCGUAAACGUCGUACCUUUUUUGAUAAUUAUUCUCUAUCGAUAGGUUCUCGAAAGAGCACACUCAACGGGAUAAUCAGAGCCGAGGGGAAUGACUGGAAAAAUGACGAUGACGUUCUGAAAAUACUAUUAGUGUUUAUUGUCGGUGACACGAGUGAUGUGCAGGUCACGUAGUUAACGGAAACACGAGAGUAAAGAGAAGAGGAACGGUUGUUUUUCCAUGAGAUCGCGGGCGUGUAAUUCGAAAUUGACUAACCGCCAAAGUACAAUAUUUGCUCUUACGUUGAAACGAUGUUUCUUCAUUGUUGAGUUGUAUCUGUUUAUAUUGUUUUUUUAUUGCGAUAGUUUUGUACCCUCGGAGUGUUAUGCUUCUUCCGCUGAUUGUGAGCCAUGCAGAGUUGUAGUUCAGAGGAACCGCGUACCGAAGCAGUUGCUAAUCGUAGCUUCCUUCAUUCCAAUCUUACAAUAAGAUCGAAUGCCGCUUCUGCCGGCGCCGUUGCAGCAACUAAAUCAAAAAAUAAUGCCGCCAACAAUUGUCAGGACAAAAUUGUUUACGCGACGUUAGAUUGUUUGGCGCUAAAAAGGACGAGAUUACCGCUGCAACUGGUCCCCCCGCCUGAUCACCACCACGACGACGACGACGACGACGACGACGUUGAUCGUCGCAUCGACGAUGAUAACGUUCCUUCCAAUAAGACUGACAACAAGAAUGAUCAGGAGGAUAAAAAGUCGAACAACUCCAAGAGGACUUCGUCGAGACGCCCCAGCUUCAAGAUUCGACCAGGUUCGAGUCUACAUUGGAAGCAACGUCACAAGGUGACCUCGUUAGCUGCAACAGGUGGAAAAAUGCCUCAACAGCAUGAAAAUACUCAGAAAGAAAGUGCAAUCGGUAGCAAACAGAGUUUAAACCAGCAGCAACAAAUGAAAAAUGGGAUAACAAAUAUACUGCCAUAUUUACACAACCAAAACGUGCCAAAACUCCUUCCGGAAUUAAUCGAGGAACUACACAACAGACAGCACGGUCGGGUGUUGAAAAACACGGUGGAGGAAAAGGGAGAGAUUUUGAAAAAACGCGAUGAAAAUAACGGAGCGAAUAAAGAUAGGAACGAUAACACGACGAACAUAAUCAAAGAAAGGGAAUUAUCCGAAUCUGAAGUGAUAAAAUAUUCUAGAAAGUUUUCGAAAGAGGAAUCGGCGGACGAUAAAAAUUUCGAUGAAUUAGACGAGAAUAACGAGGAAACUGGUUAUGCUACUGUAAAGUUACCCAAAAUUAACCCACUAAUGGGUAAAACUAACAAGUUAUUAAUUUCUCCCGAAGAAAUACUGACCGCGAACGUGAACUUGAAAAAAAUCAGUUUGAAGAAUUCGAAAAUCAGGAGCCUUUCCAGAGGGGAUCUGAAGAACAUCACCAUAUCCGAACCGACCAAUUUCGUGCAUUUGGUGUCCGCGACGAUACCAAAAUUCGUAAAAAACGACGAGAAUUCGUCCGCCCUUAAUCGGGAUUCGAGACACGCCUCUCUUCCCCACCUUUACGCCGAGUUGGGGGAAAAUUUGAAGAAUUUAAAAAAUGGCGAACGGAACAACGUCGAAAAUCGGAAAUACGUUCCCAUGAGUCCGGUCAGUCCAAGACCCGAUCCGGACGUCCUUUCGAGCGUCAAGUCAAAAACCGAGUUUUUCGAUCGUUUCAGGCGCGAUUCGCACCAGACGAAAAAAGAGCCUCUCAGACGUCCGCGCGUCAACGGAGUAGAGGUGGUUGCCGAAAGGGCCGUGAAAGUGUCUCCCCAGCCGAAAAUUGAGGAAGAUACGAACCCCGAGGUGGUGAAAUCUACGGACAAGAACGAGGUCGUAGUUGAUGAAAAUGACGAUAACGAGGACGAUAAGAUUUACGAGUGCAUGGCCGAUUUACCGUCAAAACCGUUGCCGAAUUCGAGUUUUCUUUGGAGCAAACAACGGAGAACGAAAGUCCCCGAUACGAAACCUCCGGAGCUGCGGUCAACGCUUCGGAGCGAGUGCGGCGAAAAAAACGAUUCGCAAAAAUCGAGCGUAGAGUCGAUCGAAUUUACGGAAGUCCGGAAAACCGAUAACUCCACGAUCGAGGAUGACGACGAUUACGAGGAGUGCGACGAGUACGAUCACGUGGGACCGGCAAAACUCGCCGUCGACUCGCCCCCUCCGGAUCAGGACGACGAUUACGAUCACGUGGAAACGACGACGCCCUUGACAACGUCUUCGGAAAAGGUCGACCCCGAAGACGACGUCUACGACGACGUGAUGCCGCCGAACACCUACGCCUCAAUCGGUGCGAACAGCGCCGAGUAUUCUCCCUUCGUAGGUAAAUCGGAAACCGCUCACCCGAGCGAUAAGUUUUCGGAGACGGAAGAGGUGAAACUCCGUCACUCGAAUUUGGAAACUAAAAAGGCGUACGCGAUGGUCGAGUGCAACAACUAUUCGAGUCUGGAAGAAAUGGCGGCAGACGGGGACGCUUACGAUGACGUAGGACUGCCCAGCCAGGAAAGAAUAAACAGUUUGUACGGGGGAACCCUGGUGGGUUUCGGGUCGCCAACCAGGGAGGAAUCCGAAUGGGAGGAUCUCGAUGAAACGCCGCCACCAGCCCCGCUGCCGUUGCCGUUGCCUCAGAGGAAUGGAAUCAGCGCCAAAUCCGUUGGGGAUUUCCAGUCGAGCACACCUUCGAAAAAAAAGUUUGCCCACAAGUGGUCGCACAAGGUACGAAGACAGCGUUCGAAAGCGUCGCGGGAAAAUUCCGCCAGAUCUUCGAAGCGGAAUACUCAUGACCACACCUCGGCCGAUUCAGGGUCUGACAACAGCAACUAUGAAUCUCUGUACUCUUCUCACCCGGAUGACUUUAGCUCGGAUUCUGAAGUAGAAAAAGAAAAUGCCUCGUCUGGUAAGGAUGAGAUUUAUUCCGAGGCACCUUCUCGUCCUACACCACCUCCUCCGAGGGAGGCGAGCCUCACCCAGACUUUGGGUAGAAAAAUGAAAUUAUUGCGCCGUACUUGGAGUCUGACUAAAGGGAGCUUGGGCAGGAUUCGCAGAAAAAUUCCUGGGGAAAAUGAACCCAUUUACCAAGAGGCGAUACCAAGAGAUCCUCACAGUAUGGCUAAUAACGUCGUAACUAACUCAGGGGAUAAUAAAAAAUACUUUAGCUUCAAGAAACAUUUCCGUAAGAGUGUUACUGGCCUGUCAACAUUCUACUUGGAUAAUAAUGAAAACAAGUUCACUGCCAAUUAUGUCGAUGAAGACGAGAGACCUUAUAGCAAUGGCAAUUGGUCGAGCGGGGAAUUGAAGAAUUGGCAAGAUGACGAUUCUAUACAGUCUCAGAACAGUAACGCAGACCGCUGUAAUCUUCUUGCCGAAGAACCUCUGUACCAAUUUUAUGCCGCUGCAGCAGCCAGGGUUGCUUUUGAGUCAGAUUCCGAUGGCUACGAAGAGGUGAGAGAUCUUAUUCCAACUCAAGCAGCAACAGACCUUGCAAAACCUGGACACAGAACUUUAUGGUGUCAAACACCUCAAGUGGUGAAUAAUGGUCUCCAUGUAGGAUUAGCAGCUGAGGAGCGCAAACUACAAGAAGCAAAAUUUGAAAUCCUAACUUCAGAGGCGUCAUACCUGAGCUCAUUACGGGUUUUAGAAGAAGAAUUUGUAAAGAACUUUGAGGCCAAUACUGGAAUUUUAACUCCAUCUGAGAAGGAAAAACUCUUCGGAGGUGUUCCUGGUAUACGAAAAGCUUCUGAAAGAUUGCUAGCCGACCUUGAAAUCGUCUGGACCGAAGACCCCAUGCUGCAUGGUCUACCAGAUGUCUUACUGAAACAUGCUAGAACGUCACGCAACGUUUACGUACAAUACUGUUCUAACCAAGUCAGCAUCGAUACUACUUUGAAAGAAUUGAGAGGAAGAAAAGGAUCAAAAUUCCUCGAAGUUUUAUCUACCAUUGAAGCACAUCCUGCAUGUCACAGUUUGUCGCUGCACUCAUUUUUGAUGUUACCGAUGCAGAGAGUCACGAGACUACCCUUAUUGGCUGACGCAGUGUUGACUAAAUUAUUAUCUGAGCAUCCCGAGCGUUCUUCCUGGGAAAAUGUUUUGGCAAGUCUGAGUAGCGUCGUAGCAGAAUGCAACGAAGGAGCUAGAGCAGCUGGAAGACAAGUGGAAAUGGAGGCAUUGGCGAGAAAAUUGGAGUACGCGUCCAAAAUUACACCAAUAACACUAAGAGGUCGACAUUUAAUUAGAAGUGGACGGGUCGUGCAAAUAUUGCCAAAAACAGAUGCAGACUAUAAGCUCACUUUUGGGAAAAGACUAAACAAGACGCCGCUGUAUCUCUUUCUGCUAACAGACUACGUUCUAGUAACGAAACCGAAAAUAAGCUCCAUUGACGAGAACUACACAGUUAUCGAUACCUGUAAGAGAAAUUUGAUAACGAUGGAAGCGGUUCCCGAUGAUUCACCUUGGGUGGGACGGCAUGCAAUGAUUUUAACAUUGCUAGAAAAUCACAUGGGUCGUGAAGUUGAGUUCAUUCUGACCUGUGACAGUGACACGGAGCUCAUGCGAUGGUUGGAUGUUAUAACUCCACCAAGAUCUAGUCAUAUUGGUGAAACACUCUAUGAAAGUUGGGAUUGCCCUCAGGUAAUGGCGCUUUAUUCCUAUGCACCUGUACAACCGGACGAGCUCGCUUUACAUCCUGGAGAUGUUAUAAACGUUCUACGGAAAAUGACAGAUGGUUGGAAUCAUGGAGAAAAACUCUUAGAUGGAGAACAAGGCUGGUUUCCGGCAAAUUAUACAAAAGAAGUGGGUUCUGAACAUGUCCGUGCAAGAAAUCUCAAGCAGAGACAUCGUCUUUUGGCGGUGACAGGAAAUAUUCUACGAAAAAGGGGUAAAAGUAACGUCAUAUACUGACACAAAGGCACAGUAAAUAAAUUCCAUGUAAAUAAUUCAGACUCGACUGGAUACGUAAAGCAAUCGCACAUCUGAAAUAGUGCUAUUUAUCGAGGGAGGUCAUGAUCCAGUGCUCAAAUAUUGUUAAAUUGAAAAAUUUGUUACACUGUAAAUACUAUAAUAAUAUUUAUUGUACUAUGUA